UGACCCCAGUGCCAGUUUGGAUCCGAACGCACACGGGACUGGUAGCAGCAGCAGCAGCAGCUCCAGCUACUAAGCAGCGAACACUACAAUCAACCGUCCGGGAUCCUGGGGGUUUCGGCAGUUCGACGCUGCGAUCAAUUGUCCCCACCCACCAGCCCCAGCCAGCGAUCGGAGGGAUCUGUUCUCCCUCGCGUGACUCGCGGUGCGCGCCGAUCGGUUGAAGUACUCCCUCCCGGAUGUGCGAGUCCUCCUGGAGUUCGGAGCUAAGUGUGGAAUAGAAAGUUUGUGUGUGCGUGUGUGUGUUUGUGUCUGAGUGUCUGUGGCUCUGUGCAGUGUCUUGUACGUGUGUUUGUGUGUGUGUGGUGGUGGUGGAAGCCGGAAGCAGCAGUACGUGGUCUCCUCAAGCGGGGAAGCGAUAGAUACCAGAGACCCGCUCCUCAGACAUCGCGCCGACAUCGCUCGGACCCCGCACCAUGCGAGCCCUCGCCGUGGCUCUCUUCGGAGCCGCCGUCUGUCUAGUGAACGCCCAGCAGAACAAGGAGGAGAAGGAGUUCAAGUGUCCGAUCGAGCAGGGCAACGGUAACUUUGCCGACCCGGUCACAUGCCGCCGAUUUUAUCAGUGCGUUGAUGGAUUUCCGUACCUAAAUCGCUGCCCAUCCGGUCUGUACUUCGAUGACAUCCAGAAGUACUGCACUUUCAAGGCGGAGGCGAAGUGUGGCCCACUAGCAGCAACACCGGCAGCGACAACCGAAUCGCCGAUCGAUCUUGCGAAAAAGUGUAACCCGGCGGAGUGUGAGCUGCCGUACUGCUACUGCAACAAGGACGGCACCCUGAUUCCGAAGGGGCUCGACCCAGAGGAGACGCCCCAGAUCAUACUGCUCACCUUCGACGGUGCCGUCAAUCUGAACAACUACGAACACUACCGGAAGGUGUUUAACGGCAAGCGCAAAAACCCGAACGGCUGCGACAUCAAGGGUACGUUCUUCAUCUCGCACGAGUACAGCAACUAUCAGCAGAUCCAGACGCUCGCGAACGAUGGGCACGAGAUCGCGGUCGAAACCAUCUCGCUCCAGAUGGGCCUGCAGGACAAGGGAUACGAGGAGUGGGUCGGCGAGAUGAUUGGCAUGCGGUCGAUCCUGAAGCACUUCUCCAACGUGUCGGCGAACGAGAUCAACGGAAUGCGCGCGCCGUUCCUGAAGCCUGGCCGCAACACCCAGUACAAGGUGAUCGAGGACUUUGGCUUCAUCUACGAUAGCUCGGUGAGCGUGCCGCCCAGCCCGAUCCCGGUCUGGCCGUACACGCUCGACUACAAGAUACCGCACGAGUGCAAGAGCGGCACCUGUCCGACCAAGUCGUUCCCGGGCAUCUGGGAGGUGCCGCUGAACGCGCACUUCGUCGAGAGCUACGAGGGCGGCCACUGCCCGUACAUGGACCAGUGCGUGCUGCACAAUCACGACGCGGAGGACGUGUUCGCCUGGCUGCAGGAGGACUUCGAGCGGUACUACUACCAGAACAAGGCACCGUACAUGAUGCCGUUCCACACGAACUGGUUCCAGAUCAAGGAGCUCGAGCGGGGCCUGCACAAGUUCCUCGACUGGACGCAAACGCUACCCGACGUAUGGUUCGUGACGAUCACGCAGGCCCUCACCUGGAUCACCGACCCGAAGACGAACAAGCAGCUCGGCGGGUACGAGCCGUGGAACUGCAAGAGCAAAUCGACCCAGACGCCGAAACCGUGCAACAUCUCGAACAAGUGUGCGCUCGCGUUCAAGGAGCCGACCUCGAACAUCAGCGACACGCGCUACAUGGAGACCUGCUUCGACUGUCCCGCCGUCUACCCGUGGCUGGGCGACUCGCACGGUUCCGGCAUCCCCGGCCGUGACAACUACAUCGACCAGUCGGAGGGCGGCGGUGCCAGUGCCGGCCGCGACCAGGGCGACGAGGAGGAGCAAAAGUAGUGGGGGUCUCCACCCCAACACCAGGCGGAGUGGACGCCUUUCGGGCCCUGCUGUCCCGGUAUUUUAGAUGUAACGAUAUUUUUUUUAACGAAAAUGCAAUCAUUCGAGCUCGAAACCAGCACGAGGAGGAAGGGGGCUUCGAUCAUGAAAAUGCAGGGGGGACUCGACUUUUAAUGGAGAGGUGUCCCAUCCCCGAAGCCGGAUGGAUUUUGGUUGACUUCCCGAUCGAUACAGAAACGUUAAAUAAACUCACACCAACAACUGUGGAAA